GCAGAAGCACCUGCGCUGCUAGGGAUUUACACGGGAGCCAGCACGCUGCAGUCCUGCCCUGGCUUGGCGAUUGUCAGACUCGCCUGUCUCGCUGGAAGGAUAUAAGAAACAUGAGUGGAAGGGAUCUUCGAACGUUCAUUACAACUCACAGGACUAGUGACAUAGAUAAUCUGGUUGUUCGUAUGAAAAAUGGUCUUUUCAGCCAGAAGUAUAAACCUGUUGACUACAAACAACUACAUGCACUUACUGAAGAAAAGAAAAAAGCAUCUGCUAAUAUACAAUUAAAGGUUAAAAAAGUAGAACAAGCUUCAAAAACUAACAAAGAACAAAUGCUGCUGAAACAGCACCACCAGAUCUGGUGGCAAGAGCAUAAACGACUGAGUGAGAACAGACAUAAUGUGGAAGCAGAAAUACAAACUUUCCUUGAUGAAGGGAGCCUUGAAUGUGAAUUUCUUUUGGAUAUAUCGGACUUGGCACAUAAAUUAUCAAAGGAACUGGAUACAUAUCAAACAAAUACAGUAGAUCCGAUCUGGCAACUGAGAGAGGAUUUGAAAUGCAGGCUGUCUGAAAUGCAGUGCUACCCUUCACAGAAAUCCUGCGUGGAAUGUGAGUUCAUUCCAGUCAAGGUGUUAGAGCAGGUAGACUUUGUGAAGAAACAACAGAAAACAAUUUUGGAAUUACUUAAUCAAGAAAAAUUGGCUUUGGAACAAGAGCUUGAAGACUGUAAGAAUAAAGUACUAAUAUACUCUUUUGAAGAGAAAACUGGCCUUUUUCAUGAAGUUCCUACACAGUUACUGGCCUUGGAAUGCCCAUACCCCGAUCUGAAGUCUUCAGUCCUUAAUGAGUUCCAUAAAUUUGCAGAUAAAUAUUGGUCUAAGCUUCAAGAGAUUGAUCAACAGUUAAACAUAAUAUGCAGGAACUUUGGUUGGAGUGAAGAAGAUCACUGGGUUUAUCAGACUGUUAUAAAUCAGUAUCCAAGUGACCUUCAGAGCAGAAGAACUCUGUAUUUGGAUAUGCUACAGAGACAUCUGCCUCACAAAUCUAGGCAUGAUCUGGUUUCUCAUGAAAAGGCUUGGGACCAGUAUCAUUUUGCUAGGAAUCAACGUAGAGCUUUGAUUCUAAACUGGGCUCAGGCUAGAAAAGCCUUUUUACUGAAAGCAGUAAUGACUAUUGCUGAAGCCUGUGCUGUUCAUGAGACAGAAGUGAUGUUGGCUAAUAAUAGAAGAAAGCAACAGGAAAUCUGUGCUGAUCUGAAAGGAAAGGUUCUACAGUGGAGAGCACACCAGGAGGAGACAGCCAGACUGGAAGCUGCUGUAGCUGCCAGAAGAAAAGAAAAGGAAGAUGAAAGAGAAAAGAUACAGAAAGAAAAGGAAAUGAUUAAGAGAUCAGAGGAAAAACAAAAAGUGAGAAUAUACUGGGCUGAAAAACAACGCAAGUGGCAAGAAAUGGAAGAGAAAGAUCAACAUCGUCUGGCAGAACUGAAGAAAUUAAUGAUUGAACAAGCAACUAAAGAUAAAGAAAGGAUUAAGUUUAGACAAGAACUGUUGGAAAAACGCCUGAUGGAGAGAAAAGAACUGUCCCUUCAAGAAGUCCAUGAGAAAGAAGAAAGAGAGAGACGUCUUGAAGCCCUCAGGCAACAGGUUGCUAUUGUUGCUGAAAUUGAUCCAGCAAGAAUGAUGGCUGAUACUGUGGCAUCUAAAGCUAAAAUGGGCAUUGGAAUUGAAGAAGAAUGUGUUCUUCAAAGACCACUGUUUACAUUACGUACAUACAGUGAAGAACAGAUCAUUUCUGACCCUAGAGUUCGUGUUGAGCUAGCUCUUCGAGAAGCUGGACUUCAUAAAAGUCUUUAUGCUAAAGAGAUUUUACCAAAAAUUCCUCCACUGAAACUUCCAAGAAGGGACAUGGAAUCUACAGUCUUUAAAAUGUAGGAUCCAUCAUGGAUUUCAGAACUCUUUGACUAGCCUCUGGACUAUAAUAGGAAAAUUUUUAAUAAACUUCUUUAAUUUAGAUAACUUUGUGAAUUUAGGAUACUUCAUAGAAUUAUUUACUUCUCAGUCAGUACGGUCAUUUAAAAAUAAAUGUAUUUCUUAUGGAAUGCGCCGUAGGCCAUUUAAUACUCCCCCACAAUCU